CACGCCCACUCCGCUGUGUGCAAUGCGCGCAGAGGCUGUUCGGCCAGACUCCUGUCAGGACACUGCGAGGUGGAUAUGAAGACGGAAUUUAUGUUUGUUUUGUUUUUUGUUGUUAAACAGGGUUUAGAAGAGGGCAGUGGACAAUGUGUGCGUUCGUGGAGCUGACCGUCGUUCCGACGUGAGCGACCAGGAUGCCGUUGUUGUGCGUUUGUUAGGCACAACAACAUCCUUUCUGCUGAUAACAAACACACAAACUGACAGCUUUGACAGCUUUUACAGCCACAACAACAGCCAAAGGAAGCCAUGGCGACACAGAACGACUGCUGUGUGAAAGUGUGCUUGAGGAUCCGUCCUCAGAUGGCGAAGGAGAAGAUCGAGGGCUGCCACAUCUGCACCUCUGUAACCCCCGGAGAGCCCCAGGUGCUGCUGGGUAAAGACAAGGCCUUCACGUAUGACUUUGUGUUUGACAUAGACGUCCAGCAGCAGACGAUCUACAGCGCCUGCGUCCACAAGCUUAUCGAGGGCUGCUUUGAGGGAUACAACGCUACAGUAUUCGCCUACGGGCAGACGGGUUCGGGGAAGACGUACACCAUGGGCACGGGCUUCGACGUGACUGUGAGCGAGGAUGAACAGGGGAUCAUCCCACGUGCCGUGCGUCAACUCUUCCAGGGCAUUCAGAGACGUCAAAUGGAGGCUCAGGAGAGCGGCACACACCCACCUGAGUUUAAAGUCAGCGCCCAGUUUCUGGAGCUCUAUAAUGAGGAGAUCCUGGACCUGUUUGACAGCACCCGUGAUCCUGGCAGGAAGUCCAACAUAAAGAUCCACGAGGACAGCAGCGGAGGCAUCUACACAUCGGGAGUGACCUCACGCCUGGUCAGCUCCGAGGAAGAGCUCCUCCAGUGUCUGAAACUCGGCGCUCUGUCCCGCACCACGGCCAGCACUCAGAUGAACGCCCAGAGCUCCCGUUCUCACGCCAUCUUCACCAUCCACCUGUGCCAGAUGAGAGUGUGUCCUCAGACCCAGCUGGCGAACGGGUCUGUGAGUGCUGAAGUGAACGGUGUAGCUGAUGGCUCUGUAUCCCAGGCUGAGUACGAAACCCUCACAGCAAAGUUUCACUUUGUGGAUCUGGCCGGAUCAGAGCGGCUCAAACGCACAGGAGCCACAGGCGACCGGGCACGAGAGGGCAUUUCCAUCAAUUGUGGCCUGUUGGCUCUAGGUAAUGUGAUCAGUGCGCUAGGAGAUCAGAGUAAGAAGGCUGGUCAUGUGCCUUACAGAGACUCCAAACUCACUCGCUUGCUGCAGGAUUCACUUGGGGGGAACAGUCGGACAGUAAUGAUUGCCUGUGUCAGCCCCUCGGACCGGGAUUUCAUGGAGACCCUAAACACACUGAAGUACGCUAACAGGGCUCGCAACAUCAAAAACAAGGUGGUGGUGAACCAGGACAAGACCAGCCAGCAAAUUAGCGCACUGCGGGCCGAGAUUGCCCGUCUGCAGAUGGAGCUCAUGGAGUAUAAAGCGGGGAAGCGUGUGGCUGGGGAGGAUGGCUCAGAAGGCUUCAGCGACCUGUUCCAGGAAAACUCAAUGCUGCAGAGGGAAAACGACAACCUGCGUAUGCGUGUGAAGGCCAUGCAGGAGACCAUCGACCAUCUCAACACCCGAGUCACUCAACUCCUGACCAACGAGAUUAACCUGCUGCUCACCAAAACAGGGGAAACUAAUGAGGAGAUCGGGAAUCUGAUCCAAAACUACAUCAGAGAGAUUGAAGAACUCAGGUCUAAGUUGUUGGAGAGCGAGGCGAUGAACGAGUCUUUGAGACGCAGUGUGUCUCGUCUCUCCUCCCGCUCUCCUUACCCUGCCUCUCAUGCACCUCCACCUGGACACCCCCUGGGCUCCUCCCCAUCCGUUUCCAUGGAGGCCGAGAUGACUGACGUGCUUCGGCGAGCCAAGCUGGACAUCGAGAGGCUGAAGAAGAAAGAGAGGAAUCAGAGGCGCAAGAGUCCAGAAAGGGAGAAGGGCUUGAAGAAGAGAGCAAAGCUCCAGGCUCAGGAGAACGGGCAGAGCUGUGAGAGAAGAGAGAACGGAGACGGCGACUCGGAUAAUGAGCCUGAAGUGGAGGGUAUGUACCCUCUGCCUGAAGAGGAGAGUGGCUGUGAUGAAGCUGAGGAGGAUGAAGAAGAGGAGAUCAGGGAGGAGGAAGAAUUUGACAGUGACGAAAGCCUGGUGGACUCAGACUCUGACUCCGAUGAAAAAGCAAACUUCCAAGCCGACCUGGCUGACCUGACGUGUGAGAUCGAGAUCAAGCAGAAGCUAAUAGAUGAACUGGAAAACAGUCAGCGGCGGCUGCUGACACUAAAACUCCAGUAUGAGGAGAAGCUCAUCCUGCUGCAGAACAAGAUCCGUGACACGCAGCUGGAGAGAGACCGCGUGCUGCAGAACCUCAUGUCCAUGGAGAACUACACAGAGGAAAAGGCCAGCAGGAUCAAGGCGGAGUACGAGAAGCGUCUGAAGGAGAUGAACAGGGAUCUGAUGAAGCUGCAGGCGGCACAGAAGGAGCACGCGCGCCUGCUGAAGAACCAGGGCCGAUACGAGAGAGAACUUAAGAAGCUGCAGGCUGAAGUGGCUGAGAUGAAGAAAGCCAAGGUAGCAUUGAUGAAACAGAUGAAGGAGGAGCAGCAGAGGAGGAGGAUGAUUGAGGCCAAAAGGAACAGAGAGAUUGCUCAGCUCAAAAAGGAACAGCGACGGCAAGAGUAUCAGAUCCGUGCUCUUGAGUCGCAGAAACGGCAGCAGGAGAUCGUCCUCAGGAGGAAGACUCAGGAAGUUACUGCUCUGCGCCGACUGGCUAAACCCAUGUCAGAGCGUGUGGCGGGCCGCGUCUCUCGUCGUCCACCCAGCGUGGACUCCGGAGCCGAGCUCUCAGCCAGCACCACCACCUCCACCACCACGUCAUCAGAACCCGAGUCUAGCCGUUCUGUCUCCAGCAUCGUCCGCCAGUGGAACAACAAGCUGAAUGGCUACCUGGGAGAGAGCGAGGGAUCUGGGGGAGGAUUGUCCCGGCUGGCCAAUGGUAGGAAGAAGUUGCAGAGGAAGGGUGUGAGCAGCAGCUUCUCAAAGACGGCGCGGCAAAAAUGGCAGGCUCUGGAGAGGAGGGUCAUGGACAUAGUGAUGCAGAGGAUGACCAUUUCCAAUGUGGAGGCCGACAUGGACCGCCUCAUAAAGAAACGGGAGGAGUUGUCCAUGCAGCAGGAGGCGCUGUUGCGUAAGCGAGAGAAGCUCCUGAGCGAGGGGCCUAGAGAGGAGGAGGACGAACGAGUUGUUCAGGAGAUGAAUGAAGAAAUCGAGGUGCUCAAUGCCAACAUCGACUACAUCAAUGACAGCCUGUCUGACUGCCAGGCCACAAUUGUACAGAUUGAAGAGACCAAGGAUGAGUUGGACUCAGUGGACAUGUCGGUGGUCAUCAGUUCCUGCUCCCUGACAGAAGCCCGUCACCUUCUGGACCAUUUCCUGAAGGCCUCCAUAGAUAAAAAUUUACAGGUGGCUCAGAAAGAAGCCCAGAUCAGGCUAUUAGAGGGACAGCUGCGACAGACAGACAUGAUUGGCUCUUCCCAUAAUCACAUGAUCCUUGACGCUUUGCGGGAGAAGGCAGAGUGUAUCCCAGAGUUACAGGCUCUCAUUCACAAUGUCCAACAGGAAAAUGGCUAUGCCAGCACAGAUGAGGAGGUUUCUGAGUUUAGCCAGGCCUCAGAAACAAGUUACUCUCAAAUGAAAUCAUCAGCCAGUCAGGAUGACUUCAAGAUCAAGUCUGAGCCUCGCAUCUCAGUUCAGAUGAAGGCGGUAUCAGCGGAAUACUUAGGCCCCGUCCUGGACUCCACCACCAAGAACAUCACCAAGUCUCUGGCCUCUCUGUCUGAGAUUCAGGAGAAUGGCUUGGGCUUUGUUCUACGCGAGACCUACUCCAGAGAAAGCGUGUCCAGAACUAUCAACCUGCCGGUCCGAGGACACACAUUUCCCAGGCAGUCCAGAGGCUCAGACGCAUCUCCAUUCACCAGGCGGCCAUCAUACGAUAGAAGCCAGUCAUACAGACCUCCUGAGACCAUCUACACACCUCCGUCGUCCCCCCCUCUCCGAACCCGUAACGACCGCAACGUUUUCUCCCGUCUUACAAGCAACCAGAGUCAGGGUUCUGCACUGGACAAGUCUGAUGACAGCGACUCCUCUCUCUCGGAGGUCCUCAGGGGUGUGAUCAGUCCUAUGGCAGGGCUGAAGGGGGGCAGAACGGCUCCUCUGCAGUGUGUGGCUAUGGCUGAGGGACACUCCAAACCUGUGCUCUGCCUUGAUGCUACCGACGAGCUGCUUUUUACUGGAUCCAAAGACCGCACAUGCAAGAUGUGGAACCUGGUGACUGGGCAGGAGAUAGUGACACUGAGGGGACAUCCCAACAACGUCGUGUCCGUCAAAUACUGCAGCAGCUCUGGCCUGGUUUUUACUGUCUCCACGUCCUACAUCAAAGUGUGGGACAUCCGUGAUUCUGCCAAGUGUGUGCGCACCUUCACAUCCUCAGGUCAGGUAGUUUCAGGAGAUGCCUGUGCUGGCACCACCACCCGCACAAUCACCACAGCCCAGGGCGAAUACCAGAUCAACCAGAUCGCCCUAAACCCAUCCGGCUCCGUGCUCUAUGCUGCAGCAGGGAACACGGUUCGAACCUGGGACCUCAACAGAAUGCAGGCCUCGGGGAAGCUGACGGGCCACAUCGGCUCAGUCAUGUGUCUAACAGUGGGCUACUCUGGUGGGGGCAAAGACCAGGUCAUCACCGGCUCUAAGGAUCACUAUGUGAAGGUGUUUGAUGUCGCGGAAGGCAUGCAGGGGAACAUUGGUCCCGCUCACAACUUUGAGCCGCCUCACUACGACGGCAUCGAGUGCCUGGCUGUGCACGGCGACGUGCUGUUCAGUGGCUCCCGUGACAACGGCAUUAAGAAGUGGGAUCUGGAGCAGCAGGAACUGAUUCAGCCAAUCCCAAACGCCCAUAAAGACUGGGUGUGUGCGCUGGCCUGCGUGCCCGGGCGACCCAUGCUGCUGAGUGCCUGCAGGGCGGGCAUGUUGAAGGUCUGGAACGUGGACAACUUUACACCCAUCGGAGAAAUCAAGGGUCAUGACAGUCCCAUCAAUGCCAUCUGCACUAACUCCAAACAGAUCUUUACUGCCUCCAGUGAUUGUCGGGUGAAGUUGUGGAGUUAUGUCCCGGGUCUCACUCCCUGCCUGCCCCGUCGUGUUCUGGCCAUCAAGGGCCGAGCCACCAGCCUUCCCUGAGCUCCACUAACACCCUCCGCCUCUGCGCUCUGUGACAGGACUGUGAAGCUCUGGAACCUGAGGAUCGCAAAGAAGAGGUGACAGCUUGACGACGUGAACGUUGGUCUAUGUUCCUUUCACUGACCGCAAGGUGACUCAGCUUGUCCUCAGAGGUCAGAGGUCAGAGGUCACAGUCUGGAGCUCCAGUGCCACAUGAAGGUCUCGUAAAGGAAGAAUGUUCAUGAGAAGAUGAAGGCAAUAGUGAAUCUAAGGUGCCAACCAUGUUGGUAUUUUUGACUGCACACCAAAUAAUGAGAUGGGUGUGUGUCUGCUCCAUGUGCGUACAUUUACAGAAAGUGUCCUUCUGUGCCAGUUUGUUUUUUGAAGAAAAAAAGUGUCACUUUAGAUGUAGCUGCUGUCCAUUUUUGUUUAUUUAUUAUUUCAAGUUUAAAAACAGGCCAAUAUGAAGGCCUUGAGAAAUCACUUCUGAGCCAAAUAGUGGGGAAAAGCACUUUUCAGUUUUACCCCCUGGAGAUCCAUAUGUUUCUGUUUUUUGAUUGACUGAAUAUCAGACUUUAUCAUAGCAAGUGUUCUACUGGAAGCAAGAAAGAGAUUGAUUCUUCUGUUACCAUCUGGUGGAGGUUCUCUGGAGAGUCUGGAUACAAACGGAGCUUGUUCCAAGACGUGACUGAGUAAUAGUGCUGGCACACUCCCCAAACGCACCAUCACCUUCCUCUGAGGUGUCUACUUAAGACUUUUACAAAAUCUAAUACGGACUUGGUGUCUUCUUAAUCCCUCAUCAUCUUGAACACGCUCAAGAAAAUUUUGUACAGCUUCCUCUCCUUUUCAAACAAGUGUUUCCUCCUGUGCUGUGAUGUUUCCAUGUUCUACCUCAGGUUUAAAUAUGUUUUUUGGGAAGCCCUGUCAGCUGUUUGCGUUUGGGGCUCUAGCUCACGCCUAUCUCCCAGACUUCUUAUUACUGGUCUGUGAAUAUAGUGCUCUCUGAGCUCUGCAAGCCCCUUAUCCACACUCUGCUGAGCGGACACUUUUAGAGGCUGGCUUCAAUAAGCUCGGGCCAGCAGAGACCCGGAGUGUGCAAUAAAACCGACAGUUUGCUCUAAUGAAGGCUCUAGUGCUUAAGGAGGCAGAAUGAGACUUUCCUUUAGUGGGUUUAGAAGGACCUAAUCUCCUGCUGAGAGUUAGUUCUUGAUCAGUUCAGUUCAGUCUGACCCAGCUGAGUGAGUUUGGACUGUUUCUAAUGCUGGAAAUGGCAGAUAGACUCACCAUGGAAUCACAGUGGUGGUGUGCUGUUUAACAGAACGUAAUGUAACAGAAGUCAUUAAUGUCAAUCACCGUAUCUGUGAAAAUAUUGCGCAGCUUUGUAGUGCACUAUUAGGGGAUUACAUGUAAUAGUUAAUAGGAUAGGAGUUAGCAGCAAACUUUUCAAUUGUGAAUACUUGCUAGAUUUUUGCACAUAACCUGGUUAGUUCAAGUAAAAUGCAUAAAGUCUCACUGGGAAUUUUUCUUGAAUUAAAAAAAAAAAUGUAAACACUGAUAUGCUCUAAAACAGUGGUUCUCUAAGUGGGUUCUCCAGGGGUCUGUAAAGAAUAGUCUGGGGGUCCAUGAUUUUGUAAAUUUUGGUACAGCGGUAGAAAUCAUGCCCCACUAUUAUUAAAGUUAUUACUGAGUUCUUGUAGUUUUUAGUUGAAUUGACUGGUUACUUAAACUGAGCGAGUUUAAUCCAGACCUCAAUAACCCAAAAGUUCAGAAAUAAAAAUCUCUAUAGCGCCAAUAAAUAGGCAGAAUAUUAUUAUACACUUUUAUACAAUGAGUCAAAUAUUAGAAUAGUUGGAUGAUGUUCAUAAAAUAAAUCGGUACUGAGUGCGUCCAUGGAAUUUGUUUUACAGGUAAAGAGGUCUGAGACUGCAAAAACAUUGAUAACCCCUGAUCUACAAUCCCACAGACCUAUUUGCUCCCCCAAAACACUGAAAUAUAAAGCAUAAACCAAACAGUGGUGGAACAUCAAAUACUUUAAAAAAAAGCCCUUUGGGCCAGACACAAGUUGUGACUACAUCUGGAAUUAUCUCAUAGGAUCCAUCCCAAUUUCCUUUUCCCACUGCAUCUCUGUAAAAUAUGCAGAGAGCAGUGUUGAGAAGUAGGUCGACUUCAGAGCUGUGUUUUUUCUGCUCACCUUUUGAAAAAAAAACAGUUGCUGUUUAUUAAACGAAACAGAAAACUGGCCCGCUGGUGCCAGAGGAGCCGACACGCCUGAUGGGGGUAUGUGGGCGAUGGCAGGUUUCAUCUUGGCACAACACUGGUAUGCACUGAGUAUUUUUAGAGCAUCAAUCAUCAUCUUCCAGGGCUGCACUCUUCUCCCAGCCCCCAGAUUUACUGUCUUUUUUAAUGAAACAUAUUUAUCACCCUAAUCUUUUCUGGGCGGCCCCUGGCGCAUCUAUAUCUGUAGUAGCAGCUGUCGGUGGGUGCUCGGCUGUCAGGCCCAAGCUCUGAUUUCCAGCUGUGAGGGAUGGGUUUGCUGUGCUAAAAGCCCCGCAGCACAGAUGAUGGCGCAUCGAGCUGUGUUUAAGGAGCCGGUGUCCCAUUAAAACUGUGAGCUGAUUUUUUUUUUCCCCCUCAAUUUUUCCUGUAUAUUUAAUGUGAUAAUGUUCAAGCAAGGAAUGGAGGAUUUUGUCUUAAUGAUGCCAUCGCGCUAUGAUAUGUAUACCACUGUUUUCUUAUAAAAAUGUGAAGCUGCUCAACUCAAUGUUUUGCAUGAGAUUAUAGUACCACAGCGCUGUUAAAUUCUUGAUUCUGAUUGGUUGAUUCAUUUUCUAGAACAGAAGCUCUGACUGUAGUUCCGGCUGCAAGGUUUAUAUUAAUGCGCUCGCUCUCGUUGCUAUAGUAACAACCUAUACAGGGACUCCAGUGUCAGUGCUUUGUAACAAUCAGAGAUAAAGCUUAUACGGGAAAGUCUUCAGGAUGGAGGACUUUGCACUUUGCAGUUAGAGAAGCUUCAUUUUUUUUUUUUGUCUCAUGAACUUCGAGAGAGAGAAAGAGAGACUAGUGAUGGAUAGCUGUUAAAACACGUGAUAACAGGAGCUAACAUGGAUGUCACACAACAUUAAACAUAACAAUAAAUAAACAGUACAUGUCAUUCUUUAAUUAAUAAAAAUAAACUGUAGUUGUUAGCCAAUUGCUGUUGUUAUAAGAGGGUUAAAACACUUCAGGACAUGCCGUUAUUGGAAAAUAAGCAACUGUUACCAAGUGUUUUAUUCCUCACAUAAUAACGCAUCAUCAGCCAAUAUGAAAGUCUAACGUUUGUGAUUCAUUCUACAAAUAAUAAGACGACUGAACGGUCUUCUGAAGCAUGUACAGUGCAAAAGUACUCCCAGCCAUCAUCUUCCUUUGAGCUAGACAUUUUCCAAAGUUUGUGGAUACUGGACUCACUUUUUACCCCGCCCACAUUGCAAACACAUUCAACAAAACUAUUUUGUACAUCCAUCUCAUAUUUGAAAAGUUUUUCUUUCUGUAGUUUUUGGUCCAAAUACAUUUUAUUUUUUCAGUCAUGGAACCCUGUGAAAAUGGUAUUUGUAGUAAAACGAGUUAUUUGGAGAGCUGCGACAGAUCACUAAAGAUGUUGCCAAAGCCUUUGAACUGUGAUCGUUUCAGCGCAUAUUCUGUGUUUGUUCAGCUUCGAUUUUUCAUCCUCCAGCAUUUCUCUUCUCUUUAAUGCUGUUGUUAAACUAAUGAGUCAUCUACAGUAAAUACCUUUUAAAUACCCCUUGAAAAUGAAUCUUUUUUUCAAAGAGUGCCCCUCAUUAGUGAGCUGAAGAGACUGGAUGUCUAGCUUUAUUAAUUUUAUUUUUAGAAAUGAAGGCAUUUGAAAGUGCAUUAUCCUUUUCAUAUUGUUUCGUGUUGAAUGUUUGCUAUGGAAUAAGUGGGAAGGAAGCUUUAUUUGGCUAGUGCUCAAAGACUGUGAAAUGGAGGGAUAUAACCUCUUAGUGUGCUUUGAAUGAAAUGUGGAUUUAAUGGUCUCCACUUCACACCGUGGAAAUGACCACAAUACAGUAAACUCAUUGGCCAGUGUGUGAUGAAUAACAGCUCAUGAAUUUGCAGCCGCUUUCAUAGUCGUGCAGUUUUUUUGGUGCUCAACACAAACACAACCAUCACAACACAGUAUAACUAAAUCCUUAUUUUCUUUUUCCCCUGGUGUUCAUAUGAACUUGUGGUUUUUUUUGCAUGGCCUGAACAUGAGGCAGAAAUGAACUGUACAUAGUCAACACUGCACUGUUUUCUGCAUAUGGGAGGAUGUCAGCGCCUGACUAUAGGUAUCUACAAUCAUCUGUUCUCUAACCUGGGCUUUGUGCUGCUGCUGCUGCUUUCUUAUUUAACGCAGACAGUGGGGUGGGAGUAGCCCCUCUUUGCCUUACCCUCCAACUCUCUGUCUCUAAGCCUUCACUGCCUUAGACUGAUCCUCAGCACUGCCUCUUAAAAGCUCAGUGAUGCUUCUAACCUUUGGACAUAUCUGUCAAUCAUUAACAAUGAAUUUUGAAAAUGUAUAGGAUGUGCAAGAGCUUACGGCUCGUUUAGUUUCUUAUUUUGUAUGGAAAGUGGAAACCAUUUUAUACUUUUUGGUGAGUACUGGGCAAAGAUUGAAGAUUGGAUGGCCCUGUUUAAAAAAUAUAUAUCACUAAAAAACAAUCAGUGUUUGUUACAAAUGUGAGCAGAGAUCAGACCUUGUGCUGGCUCUAGCUGAUGGAUAUUCAGAGACGGCAGGCGAAGGCACGUGCAGAGAGCAGGUACAUCACGCAGCAGCAAAACAACAGGGUCAAAGGUGCCUUUUUAUUGCACAGACUCCUCCCGAGGACUGGAAAUAUUUCUACAGUGGUGUUUGUCUGUUUUCUUACAUGUGCAUAUGGGUGUAAAAUACUUUACUGUAAAUAUUGUAUUAAAUUUUUAUUUAAUGAUUGAUCAAGCAUCGCUACAAAAAAUAACAAUAAAAAUAGUAUCAAAA